ACUAAAUAUCACCCGUGGAUACUGGCUGACAUUUGAUAAUAUUAAUGUUGCCUUCAUCGAAAAAAAUGGGGAAUACAAAUUAUCCACAAGUAAAAAUGUAACUGUUACCGAGAGUCAGAAAAAUUUUAGAACUGCUUUUGAAAAAGCAACGGAAGAACAUAAAAAUAAAUUUAUAAGUAUCGUGGAAGAAGAAAUUCCGGAGGGAAAUCCAUCGAUCCACGACGAUAUUUCCGACGACGUGCGUGACGAAAUUCACGACGAAAAUAUCGACGAUAAUCUUGAAUUUCACGAACGGGUUUUACAGUUUUAUCGCGAUGGAAAAUUCACCGAACAAGAAGUGAGGGAACUGGUCGGAAUUACCGUUCCCAAAGGUGAACCUCGUGAACGGAUCAAAUAUUUAAAAGUGGAACGUCAAAAACUUAAAAUAGAUUUUGAUACCGAAUCCGAUCCGGAACGUCAAGAUAUUUUUCGCGAAGCGUUAGAGAUCGUCGAUCAAAAUAUCGACGAUGCAAGACUGGAAAUGCGGGAACGGCCCGAAUCCGAAGAAGGUGUGCAUCGCGUCCGUGAAAAAGUUCGGGAGGAUGUGAGAACGAGAUUUGAGAAAUUUAAAAUCUGGGCCAGAGAAAAUCUAGGAGUUUUAUCUGCGAUCGCUAUUUCCAUUGCCGGAAUUAUUACGACCGUCGUCGUCGCCGGAAAAAAGACGUUGGUCGGUGCUGCAAAAGGGGUGGGCGAAGUUGGAAAAGCGUUGGGGAAAAUUGCAAAAGCCGCACUUCCCGUGAUCGUACCCAUCUUGAAUAUGUUGGCGACCGUUCUGAAAUGGGGUGCAAAAGGAAUAGAAUUCCUUGCGAAAAACUUAUGGAUUCUUGCCAUUCUGAUUGCAGGAUACUUGUACAAUUAUUUCACGAAGAAAAAAUAAAAAUUUUUAUUUCAUUCCCAUAAAAUAAAAGAAUGGAAAGUCGUACCCAAGAACUGAACCCUAGUUUUAGCCGUCGAUCCAGGACGGAAUUAACGGGAAACCGAACGCGACAUCUGAUCACGUUCAAUCCCAAUUCGGCGAAACCCGGGGAAGAGAUCUACGUGAAUAUUCCCAAACUCAAACCGGAUUCUGUUCUCGUUCCCGAUAGUAUGGCAUUAAUCUUCGACUUUAAAAAUGCCAACGAAAAAUCAUGGUUCCGAAAUAACAUGGGAAAAUUAUUGCAGAAAAGACUGGAAAUCCGUCUCGCCGGCGAAAAAGUCUACGAUAACAGCGGGGAAAGUUUACUGGAAAUUUACAAAGACUUGUGGACGGACGAAAAACAACGCGCGGAUAUGAUCCAAGACGGAAUUGCUGCCGAACCCGUUCGUAAGAAAAUUUCCAAGGAUGACGAAGCCAAUGUCGAUGCCGAUGCGACCGCACUGUUUGGAAUUUUCGGAACGAAACAACGGUUGAAGAUUACGAAGAUUUUAGGCGAUCACGGAUUGUACGCACCGUAUCAUUCGGCCAACGAUCUUCAGUACGUGAUCACGUUACCGCAAGCGUCAGAAAUCAUGAACGCCCAAAGCGGGGAAACCGUCGACGGGUAUUCUUUGGAAAAUUUAGAACUGGAAUACGAAAGUAUCGAAAAUAUGAAUCUUGCACGAAAAUCCGAAAAUCUCUACGGUUCCGAACGCGAAUUAUCUUUCGAACAUGCCACGUUGAUGAAAAAGACCGAAUGGGAUAAAAGUUUAACGAUCGUUAACGAAACCGUCAAUCUUCCGCGUCGAAGUAUGAAAGCCGUCGUCAUGCUUUUCACGGAAAAAACACCGACCGAUAGUUAG